GCAGCUCAGGGGCCGCCGCCGCCGCUGGGGCCGAGGACGCGGCUUCUCUGCUCGCCCGCCCGGGACGCCGCGCCACCCGCCCCCUGCAGCCUGUGUUGCAGCUGCCGGCCACCGGAGGGGGCGAACAAACGUCAACCUGUUGUUUGUCCCGUCACCAUUUAUCAACUCUCAGCACCACAAGGAAGUGCGGCUGCCACCCGCGCGCGGAAAGUUCAGCAUGCAGGAAGUUUGGGGAGAGCUCGGCGACUAGCACGGCGGGGCGGCCCGGGCUAGCGCAGGGCGAGCGUAGGGGCCAGAGCGCGGCGUGGUCCUGGGAGCCUGUCCCGGCUUUUUCUUGGAGCGACGCUGUCCCUAGGUCGCUGAUCCCAAUGCACCGGCUCAUCCUUGUCUACACGCUAGUCUGCUCAAACUUUUGCAGCUACCGGGACACUUCUGCAACUCCGCAGAGCGCAUCCAUCAAAGCUUUGCGCAACGCCAACCUCAGGCGAGAUGAGAGCAAUCACCUCACAGACUUGUACCGAAGAGAUGAAACCAUCCAGGUGACAGGACACGGCCAUGUGCAGAGUCCCCGCUUCCCAAACAGCUACCCCAGGAACCUGCUUCUGACCUGGCGGCUCCAUUCCCAGGAGAAAACAAGGAUACAGCUAGCCUUUGACAAUCAAUUUGGAUUAGAGGAAGCGGAAAAUGAUAUCUGUAGGUAUGAUUUUGUGGAAGUUGAAGAUAUAUCUGAAACCAGCACUGUUAUUAGAGGACGAUGGUGUGGACACAAGGAAGUUCCUCCAAGGAUAACAUCAAGAACAAACCAGAUUAAAAUAACAUUCAAAUCUGAUGACUACUUUGUGGCUAAACCUGGAUUCAAGAUUUAUUAUUCUGUUGUGGAAGAUUUCCAACCCGCAGCAGCCUCAGAGACCAAUUGGGAGUCAGUCACAAGCUCUAUCUCAGGGGUAUCCUAUCACUCUCCAUCAGUAACGGACCCCACUCUCACUGCGGAUACUCUGGACAAAACAAUUGCAGAAUUUGAUACUGUGGAAGAUCUGCUCAAGCACUUCAAUCCAGAAUCAUGGCAAGAAGAUCUUGAGAAUCUGUAUUUGGACACCCCUCAUUAUCGAGGCAGGUCAUAUCAUGACAGGAAGUCAAAAGUUGACCUGGACAGGCUCAAUGAUGACGUCAAGCGUUAUAGUUGCACUCCCAGGAAUUACUCGGUCAACUUGAGAGAGGAGCUGAAGGUGACCAAUGUGGUCUUCUUUCCACGCUGCCUCCUCGUGCAACGCUGUGGGGGAAACUGUGGCUGUGGAACUGUCAGCUGGAAGUCCUGUACAUGCAAUUCAGGGAAAACUGUGAAGAAGUAUCACGAGGUGUUAAAGUUUGAGCCUGGCCAUUUCAAGAGGAGGGGCAGAGCGAAGCACAUGGCUCUCGUUGACAUCCAGUUGGAUCACCAUGAGCGGUGCGACUGUAUCUGCAGCUCAAGACCACCUCGAUAAAAGAAUGUGCACAUACUUACAUUAAGCAUGAAAGAACCUUUAUUUUAAGGAGGGUGUGGUAAGAGACCCCUUUCCCACCAGCAACCGAACUUACUAUUAGCCUGCAAAGCAAUGAAUACAAGUGGUUGCUGAGUUUCAACCUAGCUUUGUUAGUGCCAUGAGAAGUAGAAAGGUGUAUCAUCAAUCUCUAUAUCCAAGAAUAUAGGAUUGCAUUUAAUAAUAGUGUCUGAGGAUAUAUAUGUAUAUAUAUCCAUGUCCCUGUGUAAAUAGAUCAUAUGGUUUAUUCAGUAUAUAUAACCAGGUACACCAGAGCUUACCUAUGGUUUAAUUAUCUAGACCCUUAAAAUCUGACAAAAUAAGGGACAUAGUAAAUACAUGGAACAUGUCAUUGGAAUAUUUGGAAGAUGAAUUUGUUUAUUUUUAAGUUUUGAAUCACAAAACAAUUUUGGAUCUUGCUCUUUUAAAGAAAGCACCCUGUAUAUUAAAAACCAAUAAAUGAGAUUUUUCUUAUGCAUAUAUCUUAAUUAUAAAAAAAGGAAAAAUAUGGUUUCUAGGAAGAACACAUUCCUAACCAUUUUUCUCACGAGAUGUACUACAUACUUGGCUAUAUAGACAAUAAUUACCUGUCUCCAAAAGCAUGUCAUAAUAAUAUAGGUGCUUUAGAAAUUAAGGCUUCUUUUUAUGUGUCUUGCUGACACAUGCAAAUUCAUUAACACCUAUCUCCAAAAAAUUCUCACAAGGUUUAUUAUUAUAACCCUAUGAGAGACAAUUUAUAAGCUAGAGCAGAACUGUUUCUUUUCAAAAACCUCUCUGCGGAAGUAACUCCUUUGGAGAAUGGCAUGAGGACUCUGCAUGAGCCUUUCAAAAUAGUGUUCAUUGAAAACUGGGGGCAGUUGAAAGUCAAAAAAGUGAGCAUUGAAAUAUUAACAUAACUGGGAAUCGGAUGGAAUAUUUGAAUGGGAUCCAUAUUUAAUAACGGAUACAUACUCUCCAAAUUAUGCCAGUUAAUUUUACGUAUCUUGCUUUUGUGUUUCUGUCUCUUCGAUAUACAGACAUGGAUUUACAAUGGCAUUUUAUAUUUGGCAAGCCAUUAUGGACUAUUUAUAGCCUAGAAGUUUUUGUGUAUUAAAACAACCCAGUUUUAUUGAUGUAGAUUCCUAAUCAUGUACUCACUCACCAUUCAAUUCAGAUGAAUUCCUGUUUCUGAACUAAGUGAAAUUAGAUCUGGGGUCUCUGGUUCUUUCCAAAUCUAUGGAGCUUGUUCUAAGAAGCCACACUGUAAAUUGUGGGUGCGCAAGUUCGGCCACUGCUCUACACUAGGAAGCAGUCUUUGCACUGGGGGUUAUUAUUGGUACUUAGAGUAAUUUUUCCUCCCCGGCUCCUUAAUGUCUGUUAAGACCUCAGAGACUGACUCCAGGUGUAAGAAGUGAUUCAUCAUUCUCCAAAGCAAGUCUCUUAAGAGAGUGACACUGAAAUCAAGAUAGCUCAGGGACUGCUCGGAGAGAAUGACAAUUUUCAUCUCACCUUGAAAGAAAAUAGGAGAGCCAGUUUCUUCCCUGAGUCCAGGGCCCUACUGACUACAGCCAAGUUGAGUGAGGGCUAUGUGACUGGGGCUCAUUAAGUCCCAGUGUCAGAGGAGCGGCCUAAAUAUACUUGGAUUUCUGAGCGUGGUGCUUUCAGGACCAAGUUCUCAACCAUCCUUAGGAGCUCAUUUCUGCUCAGCUCUUUGAAAGGCCAAUGCUUAUUGAAGAUGUUCCUUCAAAAAUUCCCUGAAAGUGUCCAGUGUUUUUACCUCAGGGGAUGACUGGUAAAAAUAAAUACUCUAUUGCUGAGUUGCCCAAAAUCCCAGAGCACAAUCAAAAAUAGCUGAGGCAGACCCUCUAGUAAUCAGGAACCACUCUUCCCCUUCACGCCUCUUCCAAGUUUCCUAUGAAAACAGUCUUCCUGUACCAAAACCCAAAUUUGUGUUAUAUCACCCUAGCUUGUUCAGCUGUAAGUAUGAGGAAUUAGAGUGUUCUACCCAGUUUUCAAUAAACCUUCCAGGCUGCAAUAACCAGGAUGGUUUUCAGUUAAAGCCCCAUCUGUACUUUUUAUUUAUUAGCUGAAAUGUAAGCAGGCAUAUUCACUCACCUCUUUUUUUCUUUCCUGAGUGUUUUAUUAAAACUUCUCCCUUGGUUAUCUGUUAUCUAUUGCACUUCUAACAAACAUGUAGCCAAUAAAUCUGUUUCACUGCCAUCAAAGGGAUAAAAAGCUCACCGUACAAAUUACAUUUCAAAAUAAAUCCUAAUAAGUCCUCAUUUCUGCAUGGCUCACUCACCUGGAAUAAUGCCUUCUGUUCAAUAUGUUCUUAUAGGGCAGAGCACUUUUGUAAGUAGAAUUUUUCAUGUUUUUUGUCAUAUCAGUAACAUGCAGCUUUUUCGUCUUGUAGCAUUUUCUAUAACAAAUGUAAUAUGCCUCCUAUCUUCAUGAAAAAUAAAUAUUGCUUACGAACAAAA